AAUUGUAAAAUUUUAUUUAAUAGUAAUGAUAAACAUGAUAGUAAAAAAACAUUUAACUAACAAGAAAAAUUUUAAACAAAUAUUAGUGAUAUUGGAAAAGAUGAAUUUUCAAAAUGGCAACUUUUAAAAAUAGUUAAUAUUAACUGGAAAUAAUUAUUUGAUAGAAAUUUUAUUUUUCUAAAUCCUAGAAAAAAUAUAAUUGUAAGAGAUUAUGUAAUAUUAAUAUCCUUUUCUAAAAUCCUGAAAAAACUGUACAAGAAUAUUUGAUAGUUGUUUUUCUUUUUAAUAUAAAAAAUCUUAAAAAAAAAAGUUUGUAUCAUAUUUUUAAGUCAUAACCAAGAGAUAAUUGUAAUAUUUUUAAGAGAGUAUUUGAUGAUGAAAAUGAUACAAAAAAUUAUUUAAUUAACAAAAGAAGUGUAAAAUUAGUAUUGAUAUGAAUUGUAAAUUUUAUUUAUUAAUAACUAAAAAUAAUUAUUUGAUAGAAAUUUUUUUUCUCAAAAUUCUAUGGAGAAGAUAAUUGUAAUAGGUUAUAUGACACUAAUUUUCUUUUUGUAAAUCUUAUACAAAAUUGUAAGAGAGUAUUUAAUAUUAUUUUUUCAAUUGAAAAUAAAAAAGAGAUUUAUAAAAUAUAAUGUUUUCCUUUUUUUUUUAAAUCCUAAAAAAAUAAAAUUUUAAAGAAUUAUUUAAUAAAACAUUAAAUUAAUACAUAAGAACGUAUAUAAUGUUGUCAUUGACUCGAUUGGUGUAUUUGAGUUUCGUUUCUUUUUACUUUUCAUUCACUUUCUUAUUUCGGGGUGUGUUCAGUUUAAACGUUUAGAUAUAGUAUUUUAUAUAAUCCUAGGUACAAAGUUUAUAACAAUUCAUCUAUGUACCAUGACUAUAAAAGACAAAUAUUUACUUAAACAUCAAACAUUUACAGACUCAUAUUGACUCUGUAAACCAAAUCGGUAACUUCGCAUCCAUGUGAACGACGAAGGACGGUUGUUUCCUAGCACUGCGUGCUAAGCUAUCUGCCCGUAGGUUCUCCGUCUGGGGUACAUGAACGAUGUCUGAGUUGAGGAAACUUCUUUUUAAGAGCUUAAUAUCUUCCAGAUAACUUUCAAAUGCUGGCCAUUCUUCUGGUUCCUAAACCAUCUUCACCAAUUAAGAACAAUCCGUUGCAAACGUUACUUGAAACUGUCUUAAAUUCUUCAUACAUUCUAUUUCCCAAAUUAAUGCCUCCACCUCCGAAUGAAGGGGUGAGAGACAUGCCCUUACAUUCCUCGCCCCUAAUAAACCAUCAAAAUCCGGUAAAGUGCUAUACCAACCUUGCCCUGAAAAUAAAUCCUUAUCUUUCCAUGAUCCAUCUAUGAAGCGCCAUCGUCCUGGCGUCGCUAGUGUCGGACUGGUCUGUACCCGAUGCCCCCUCGUUGGGUCAUUUACUACAUGUGUCUCAGUCCAAAGUGAUGACUCUAAUUCUGCUAUUUUAAGUGUUUCCUUCGGAUCAAUAUCCAGAUUACUAAAAACUUUGUUAUUCCGACAUUUCCAUAUAUACCAUAAUAUCCAUGCAAAUUGGUGAUCAUUCAUCUUUGGAGUGACUCUCCAAAAAAGAUGAUCCAUAUUAGCGAAAAAAGAAAUGAUAGGAAUAAUAUUGGAAUGCGAUGGUAUCUUAGAUAAUGCCCACACUUGACGUGCUGGAGGACAUUCAAAAAAUACAUGGUUUAUUGAUUCCUCCGGAUUUCCGCAUCGAGCACAAUAUAUAUCCCCUUGUAUCCCUCUUGCUUUUAAAUUUUUCAUUACCGCAAUACAUCCUGAAAGGAGUUGCCAUAAGAAAUGCUUUAUCUUCGGAGGGUAUCGCACUUUCCAGCAGAAAGCUUUUAGUGUAUCCACUGUGGGACCAUAAAAUUCUGGUGGUUUUAUCUUGUCAGGAUAGACCCGUUCCACAUGAUAACCUGAUUGUACCGAGUAUUUCCCAUUGUUAGUAAAAUGUCAUCCAUUCCUAUCUUCCAUCAGAUUUCUACUUAAUGAAAUACUUUCAAUAAUUUUUACAUCAUGAGGAUCCACCAAAAUCCUGAUUACAUGUAAAUUCCAAGUUCGAGAUUCCGGAUUAAUGAGAGAAUCCAUUGUGAGGUCCGGGUAAUUUAAACUUAUGUGUAAGAAUGAGUUUUAAUUAUAAAAUAAAUCUCAAACUAUAUGCAAAAAAAUAAUCAUAAAACUAUAAUAAAAUGAUUUAUUAUUUUAUAUUAAAUUAAAACAUUACAGAAAGUUAUUUUAUAUUAAAUUAAAACAUUACAUAAAAUCUGUUGCAACGCAACGGGCUCAUAUCUUGUACAAUAUAAAAAUCACUGAAAAGCAAAAAAAAAAAGAAAUUGCUCGAUAAAUUGGAAGUUCGUUUCCUUUCUCUAAGUGAAACUUGUACACCUUUUUGUGUGUUCAUUAGUUGGUUCUCUCGCGAAGACUUGUGUUGAAAGAGCGGCCAAGUGAUCUCUCUCUCUGUCUCUUUCUCUUCGGUGCUUGAGAAAUCACACUGCAAUGCAAAGCUGAAACAUCUCUUGUCUUUCUUGGAAAGCCUUUUCAGGUUACCAAAUCUCGGUUUUAGGUGUUUGUGCAGACAGUUCUUAUGAUGGUUGAAGAAAACAAUCCUAUGGAAGGUGGUUCUUGUGAGGAAGAAUUUGCCUGUGGUGAUCCCAAAGUUGAUGUACGUGUUGGGGAUGAAUAUCAGGCUGAGAUACCUCCUAUGAUCUCUGAUCCAGAGAACCCCUCUCUAGCUUCAGAUGAUCUUGGCUCUGGUUCCUUUGUUGUUGGACUACCUCUCCAAGUAACGUGGAUAGACACCAAAUAUAAAGAUAGACAAGGGCUUGGAGAUGACCAUGUCGACAUGAGCGAGUCUCUCAAAUCUCUGAAAAAUAAAAGAAGCCGCAGGAACACGGGAACUAAGCAGCGGAGGAUGACUCUUGAAGCUGUGCCGGAGACACCAUCGAGUUCUUGGGAUGAUCUGGAAGUAGAUGGCUUUGUUCUUGGUUUAUAUACAUUCGGGAAGAACUUUACUCAGGUGAAGAAGCUGUUAGAGAGCAAAGAAACAGGAGAUAUACUUUCGUUUUACUACGGAAGGUUCUACAAAUCUGCUAAACACAAGGUUUGGUCUAACGCACUCAAGAAGCAAAGCAGGAAAUGUAUACAAGGCAAGAAGCUCUAUUCAGGUUGGAGGCUACAACACCUGUUGUCCUGUUUGAUUCCCAGCAUCACCGAUGAAUCUCAGAAAAAGAAGCUUGUGAAUGUUUCAAAGUCAUUUGCUGAAGGGAAUAUAUCUCUGGAGAGAUACAUUAUUGGAGUGAAAGAACUAGUAGGUCUCCAAUCUCUUGUAGAAGCCGUAGCGAUCGGUAGAGACAAAGAUCUGACAGUCCUAACAACAGAACCAGUGAAAUCGAAACAGUGGUUCACAGUCUCCUCUGCUGGUUUAGGAGCAUACACUUCACUCACAUCUGAGGAAAUAAUAGAAAAACUUGAUGGCGGUUCCCGUCUAAGCAAAGCCCGUUGCAAUGAUAUCUUUUGGGACGCUGUGUGGCCGCGUUUGCUAGCCAGAGGGUGGCAUUCCGAGCAGCCAAAGGACACCAAAUCUAAAGACAACAUCGUCUUCCUCAUCCCUGGGGUAGAAACGUUCUCUAGACGGAAACUCGUUAAACAGAAUCAUUACUUUGAUUCCAUCGCUGACAUUCUCAAAAAAGUUGUUGCCGAGCCUGAGCUUCUUGAAUUUGAGACAGCAGACAUCAGACCUUCCAGUGAAGAGACUAGUUACCAACACUCUAAGCACCGUUACCUCAGGUCUCCAGACUCUUGUUCUAAUCAUAUGAAGUUCACUGUUGUGGACACCACUAGUUUGGCUUUAGGAGGCAAGUUGUGUACAUUUCGAGAGUUGAAGAAUCCUGAUAACAGCCCUUCUGUGGAAAGAUCCCAAAUGAUGCCGUUGGAGCAAGCCAACUUUGCUGGUGAAUGUAAAUGGGAAAAGAAGGGAUUGAAGAAACUGGUGGAAGAGCCGGUGAGGUUCAUGAUUGUGGAUACAAGUGGGCAGUCAUCAGGGAUAAGGAGACGGAGACAGUUGCCCGAUAAUGAGAACCAAUCAGGUAACAAUACAGGUGUGACUUGGGAGUUUCCUAAGCUGUCUGGUGAGACUUUGGAGAGUGUUGGGUCAAAGAAGAGGUCUGUCCGAAAAUCAUCCGAAUCUUUUCCUUUGACUAAGCGAAGGCGGCUCAGUACAUGUGUAAGGAAAGAUAUAGAACGUUUUGGUCAAAGUCCGAAGUUAUCGGUUGAGUUGAUGAACAUCAAGACUGAGAAAUCAGAAGAAACUGAACCAAAUGGGUUAUGUUCACUGGAGAAACAACAACAAGAGAACUCAAAUCGGUUGUGUUGGGACAAAAAAAGCUCUUCAAAUGAUAUGGAAGCUUCUCAACAGCACGAGAAACCUAUUCAGCUUCCUUCCAUGCCAGGCUCAAACAAGAGGACUUGUCUUUCCACUCAUCAAACAGCAUCAAUAAAACAAGAAGAAGAGGAAGAGCUGAACCAACAGACAAACACAGAUAUUCCAAGAAGACAAAGCACAAGAAAGAGGCCAUUGACAACUCGUGCUCUUGAAGCUCUUGAAUCGGGAUUUUACACAGCAAAGAGCUUGAAAAGUACAUCUAAACCGAUAAAACGCGAAAUGUCUACAAGGAUCAAGCACUCAGCCAAAGCAACUCAAAGUGAGUCAGACAAUGGUUUUGUUGUAAAGGAAACCACAUCAAGUAAACCAGAGGGUUUGGAACGGAGCUUUCUUGCGGAUAAAGCAACAAACGUGAGUAAGCCUGUAGAUCAAACAGAGGAUUCGAACAAGGUGACAACCGACUCCCCUAAACGUCCUCCAAUUCUUUUAAAGUUUCCUUUUAAGCGUCGUUGAACAAGUGUUAAAAACUCUUGUAUGAGUCUUUUUUUGGGCGUUUACUUGAUCUGAAGAAAUGUGUAUAGAAGACGAAAGCUCCUUAGACAGAUUUUUUUUUUCUUUUUCAUUUUCUUCUGUUUCUUUGCCUCAUAGAAUCUGAUUCAUUUUACAUAUCCAUAGCUAAUAAACCGUUUCUUAACUGCUAA